AUGGGAGGAAGCAGCAAGAAACGUGUUUUGUCACUGGUUUGCGUUUCAGGUGGGCAGCGCGGCGAGGGCGACGCGGAGAACCCGGCGGCGGAGGGGGGCAGCGCGCUGCCGAUGGCCAACGUCGUGCGCCUGAUGAGGCGGGUGCUGCCGUCGAACGUCAAGAUCGCCGAGACCGCGAAGCAGCUCACCCACGACUGCGCGGUCGAGUUCGUCGGCUUCGUCGGCGGCGAGGCGUCCGAGCGGGCCAGGUCGGAGCACCGCCGCACCGUCGCGCCGGAGGACUUCACCUGGUCCUGCCAGAGCCUCGGGCUCGACAGCUACGUCCAGCCCAUGCAGACCUACCUCCAAGGCUACCGCGAGUACGACAUCGCCCGUGGCAGGAGCAGCCGCGGGGCGCGCCCUCCUGCGCCGCCGGCGAUAGCAUCGUUCCUGCCGCCUGGACAGCCAGUGACGGUCACCGAAGAGGAGCUGGAGUUCCUGCGGUCGGUGGUCCCUCCGCCGCCGGAAGGAUAUUAG